AUGCACCCGCCUGCAAGCCCAGAAUAUCCGGCCCAGGCCGGCCCACCCGCGCCGAGCUAUCCGGGGGAAGAAGAGCGGCUGAGCGCGGCGGAGCUGGACCGGUCGAUGGAGCUCGACGGCAGCAGCUCGACGGCCGACUCGCUCGCCCUCUUCCGCUCCUACUCCAUGCCCAUCCCGCUCUCGGCCGCCGGGUCGGACGACGAGGGCCCGCUGGACCGCGAGGCCGAGGAGGAUGGCAACGAGGACGACGAGGACUACGACGAGCUGCUCACCACGCCCACCUCCCAGCUCCAGCUCCACACCCCCUCCCGAUACGCGUCGUCCUACCAGUCCGCCGGCCAGAGGCUGCUCUCAUGCUCGCUCCCGCCCUCGCUCACCCGCCAGAAAAGCAGCAGCGAGUACCAUCCCCUGCACGAGCUGCUCCAGCUCACCCAGCCCAUGCGCGAGGGCGUGAUUUCCCGCGAACGGCUGCUGCCCUCCUCGCGUGUGAAGCAAGUCGGCAUUGGCGGCCGCGGCCGUCGAGGCCUGUCCACGCAGCGCGCCCCGGGCUCGCCCAGCAGCGCCGGCGGCGUCGCUGGCUCCCCCGCUAGCGCCGACUUCCCCGCCUGGUCCCCCGGCUCCUCCUGCUCGCCCCUCCUCGCCGCCGUCGCCCUCACCAGCAGCCUCGGAUGCCCUGCUAACCCCGCCCUGGCCCCCGUCAACCAGCAAGUCGCUAACCCGACCCCGCUCCUCAGGCCCCGCCCGAUCGCCGCCUGGCAGCGCCCGCACGCUUAG